AUGCCUCCCCCUGGCCCUGUGACAGGCGCAGGAGGAGGCGGAGGCGGAGGCGGAGGAGGCGGGGGCAGUGGCGGAAGCGCGGGGGUUGGCGAAAACGGAAAGGAAACGUCAGAUGUGAUACUGAUUGAGAUUGGGAGCAAGGGGAGUGAGAAGCGUGAAGAGGGGAAAGAGGCCACCAGUGCAGAUCAGGAUUCGACAUUUACCUUCCCUCAGCUUGGAGGGGCGAUUGGUGAUCCAGGUAUGGAAGGUGCUUCUAACGGAGACGAUAAUAACGAAGAGGAGGAGUACACUGCGGAUUUGGACAGUAGUGAGGAUGACUGUGACGAGGAUGACGGGGAUAUUGUGGAGUGUAAGGCUGCGCCAGGGGCAUCGGCCACAGGACGAAUGCCACUGAAUGUAUCUGUUAACGAGGACGAUGAUAAGGAGGAUGAGGAUGACUGUGUGGUUCUAGCCUCGCCUCUUGUUUCCGCCCAGCCCCAGCAACCGCAGCAGCCACAGCAGGAGCAGAUGCUCCAGCAGCAGCAAGGGAGCGAUGCAACACCAGGGUCAAACUCUCCCAACGGGCUUGUAACAGCAGCAGGAGCAGCAGGAGGAGUAGCAGCCAGGAAGCUGAACUGCGAUGUGGCAUCCGGGCAGAAUAACGGGCAGAUUGGCGGGCAGAACGAUGGGGAAGAGGAGGACGCGGAUGGGGAUGGGGAUAUCCCUCUGGCCUCACCCCUGGCCAAAUACCCCCCUGCCAGCCCCCUGAAAGCCCACGCCCACGCACAUCACCAGCAGCCGUUACUCAGCCCCUUGAGCCGCGGUCCUCUGGCUUCUACAUUCAGUGCCAACCCCCCUCGCCCUGGCAGCCCCCUCACACGCAUUUCCCAGCAGCAGCAGCAGCAGCAACAGAGUGAGAGCAUCGGUGGUGGCGGUUUCACGGAUUGCUCUGGAGCGGUCGUCAAUCAGAGCCUGCCGCGGAGGCUCGUGAAAUCAGGUUCGGAGCGGGUGGGUGGGGCUCCAGGGUCGGGAGGAGAUGGCAGCUUCAGAAGCAGCAGCAGUGUUGGUUCUGCUGCUGCUUCUGGUGGUGCUGCUGGUGGUGGCAGCGGCCGUGGUUUCAGCAAUGGCUCGGGUAACGAAACCAGCAGCGUCUCCAGCCCGAGGAGGUUCCAAAAAUCAGGUUCGGAGCGAGGCAUGGCCGGACCUGGAGCUCCCUCGUUGUCCUCCCUUCCUGUAGCCCAGGUUCUCGAAGGCCCUCCGUCAGCUUCGGCUGGUUCUUCAGCAGCAGAGGCUGGGAGCUUAUCAGGGCAUGCGAGUGUGCCCGAGCAAAGACUCGGACGGGACAUUCGACACACGCGCAUGCUGGGAAAUGGAUCGCUCAAAGAGCAGGGGAGCCGGGGAUGGGUGGAGAGCGGUACAGGGGCAGGAGGAGGGGUGGGGGUGGGUGCGGGGGGAGCAGGAGGGCAUGGGUCGAGGUUGGGAGGGCCCCCUGGGAUACCCCGGCAGUGGAGUGCUGGGGAACCAGGGGGAGGGGUUGCUGGGGGAGGGGUUGCUGGGGGAGGGAGUGCGGGCAGUGGGCCCGGGGGAAUGGCAGGCCAUGCUCAUGGGCAUGCACAAGGGCUUGGGCAUGCGGCAGGGGUACCCAGGCAAAGGAGUGUGGGGGAGGUGGUCGGGGUAGGGCAACAUCAGGGCAGCGGCGCCGGUGCUGCUAGCACCAGUCGCGUGCAUUUCCCUCCGGAGCGCACGGCUGGUCGAGGGGAGGGGGGUGGUGGGCAGGAGGGUUCAUUUGACCAAUGGCAGGUAGGGGAGCCUGUCUCAGGGGGAGAUGCACAGGGAGGUGGGGGGAUGGUGCAAGGACCGGGAGUAGCUAUGGCAGCAGGAGGAGGAGAAGGAGGAGGAGGAGGAGUAGCAGGAGGGGGAGGGGCACAGGGAGGGGUGCAGAUGCGAAUGGGUAGGCCAUCGUCCCCUCAGUUAGGGGGUCGACCCACUCCCCCCCCCGGCCAUGUGUCCCCACACAGGGCACGAAGCUCCCGGCUCAAGGAUAGCAGCCCUCCAGGUGGGCUGGCAGCAGGCCACACUGGUUCAGGUGGUUCUUCAGGUGCUGGUGGAGGUCUGGGUGGCGUGGCUUCAGGUGGUAUCAACAGAGCUGAGAUUGCGGCUGGCAGGCGGGCAGCGUGGAGGAGGAGCAGCAGCAUUGGGGCCGGCGAGACUCGGAGCGGAGCGGCGGACAUGCCAAGGCCGACGUCGCCGCAGCUGUUUGGAAGCAUCAAGGAAACAGCCAGGGAAGGUUCCUCAGGUGCUCCAUUCGCUGCAUUCCAGGGGCAGCACCAUGGGCCACCACAGCAUGGGCAGCAACACCAGCUGCCUGCACAGCAGCAGCAGCAGCAGCAGCAGCAGCAGCAGCAUCAGGUGGGCGGCAGAAGCAGCCCAUCCCAGGUGUCACCAUCCAAGUGGAGGCCUCAGCUGGGGACAGUUAUGGCAGGUGGAUCUGGAGCAGGCUCAUUGGGAGGUGCUACUGCUGGUGGUGCCAGUGGUGGUGGAGUAGGGGAAGGUAGUGCUGGUGCGAUGGGUGGGCUACUGCAGCAAAAGCAGCAACAGCAGGGUGGGAUGGUUCGGCCUAGGACUGGGCAUGCUCGUAGGCAUUCAUUUGCUGUUGGAUCUGGGUCGUUUGAUUUUGCGUCUCAACCACCAAGCUCAUAA